AUGGUCGUGAAAGAAGCCGAACGACAUCGCACCCAUCGAUCAGCCUCGGCCUCGAUGUCCACAUCGCCCAGUUCUGGGUCCCCGGAUGCGGACCAUCAAAGGAGACGUCACCGGCGACGGAGGCGCCCCUCCGGAUCAGAGAUACUCGACGACUUGAACGACACCUCAAGCAGCAGCAAGCAAAUCAGGGUGCGUUCGAGGGACAGAGGAAGACACCGAGACCGAGAACGGGACCGCGACCGCGACCGCGAAGCAGAGCACCGUCACCGUUCCUCUACUCUCCCAGACUUGGGUAUCCCCGGUUUGGCAGGAGCAGACGACGAUGGCAACGGCGAUAAGCCCUGGUUCAAAAAGAAGACCCUCUGGGCGAGCGUCGCCACCAUGGCCACGGUUCUCGCCCUCUUGCCGGCAUCGGUAUCUGCCAACGCGAGCCAGGAGGCUGCCGCAGCGAGCAUGAAGGCGGCCAAGGCGGCUGGGAAGAGUGCAGAAGCCUCGACUAGGGCCGCAAACGCAACGGAGAAGAGCUCUAGGGCGGUUGUCGGCACGUCCAUGGCUAAUGGGCACAUAGACAACCGUGGAAACUACUGCGGGCCUACAGACCACUUCAAGGGGAGGAAAGGAGGGAGCGAACGCGCCAGUCGCUCUAGGUGA